ACGUGUGUUCUUCUGAGAAAUUCUUUGUCUCUUCUUCUAUUCUCAAUGAUAAUCUUGCUGAGUAGAGUGUACUAGGUUGCAGGUUUUUCCCUUUCAGGACUUUGAAUAUAUCAUGCCACUCCCUUCUGGCCUGCAAAUUUUCUGCAGAGAAGUCAGCUGAUUUGGGGGUUCCCUUGUAAAUGACUAUUUUUCUCUUGGUGCCUUUAGAAUCCUCUCUUUAACUUAGGCCAUUUUAAUUAUAUGUGAGUCUGUUUGGGUUCAUCUUAUUUAUCUUAUUUGGGACCCUCUGUGCUUCCUGUACCUGGAUAUCUGUUUCCCUCUUUAGGUUUGGGACAUUUUCAGCCAUGAUUCCUUGAAAUACAUUUUUGAUCCCCCCUUCCUUCUGGAACCCCUAUUAUGCAUAGGUCAGCACAUUUUAUAUUAUCCCAUAGUACUCGUAUGUUGCUUUCAUUUUUUAUUUGACAUUCUGCCUGCUGUUCUGACUGGGUGAUUUCCACUUUUCUGUCUUUCAAAUCACUUAUUUGUUUUUCUGCAUUAGUCAGGUAGUCAUUGCUUCUAGGUCACUUUUGAUCUUGGCAAAUGAAUUAUCAAUUUUGGGGGGUUAAUCUUUAUAAGUUCUGGCUCCUUUUUACAGUGAUCUGUGCGUUUCUAUCAAUAAUCUUUCUUAAUUCCAUUAGCCUUUUUACUGCCACCUUUUUGAACUCAGGAUCUGGUAGACUGGUGAGUACUGUUUCAUUAUUUGUUCUUUCAGGGGAUUUCUCUUGCUCUGUUAAUUGGGAACAGUUCCUCUGACUUCUCCUUUCACUUAACUUUCUCUGCCUCUAGGAAUUUAGAAGAAACAGUUAUCUACUGGGUCUCGAAGGGGCUGCUUUUAUGUGGGAGCAUCUCUGUUUAUCCUGUGUGUAUCUGGUGUCUUUGGUGCGAGGGCUGGUUUUGGAAUAGACACCAGCCGCAUCUAUCCUCGGCGUGCUGGCUGUCACCUGAUUGACAGGGAGUGUGGCUGGUGCUGCCAUAUCUAGAGCCUGUGUGGAUUGUGAGGCCGGGCUUCCUCUGUGCUCUGUGUCACCGCCCUGUCAGGGGCAGGCUCUGCUCCCCAGUUGCUGGAGUAGAAGCCUGGAGAGUCGGGUUCGGUGAGACUCUGUUACCCUUGAGUGCGUGUCCUGUCCUGAAGGAGAUGACUGCAGAAGCCGGUGAGCCCUGGGCGGUCGCCGCCUGGGCAGGCUUUCAGGACUCUGCUCAGAAGGAGCCCAAGGGUGUGUCCAUCCGAGAUCUAGGGCAAUGCUGUGGUGUGGAGCGGGCUGGGGCUGGGGCUGGGGCUUGGGGUCAGGGCGUUGUGGCUGCAGGAACUGAGGUGUCUGUGCUGCCGCCAGAGAUCUGGGCUGCCUCUUUGGAGAACCUGUCUGCCCUAGGCCUGGGGCUGAGCUGCGAGGUGGCCUGGGUGGGCUCAGGGCACUGUGGCUGGGAGAUGCAUCGCUUUGUGCCCCCAGGUGCCCUGGCCGUGGCCACCGCCGCCCUGCCCAGACCACACCCCAGGCCCUGCAGGCUGUCUCUGAGUGCAGACCCUUUUCCUGAGGCCAGGUUAGCCCAGAUCUCACACCAGGCUGUGGUGUGGAGUGAGCAGGGCGGGGUUGUUCGUUUCAUAUGUGCUGGGGAGCGUGGUGAAGUGGCAGCCACCAGUGCAGGGGUCUCUCCAGCCUCCUUGUCCACAAGCCAGCAGGCGCGCACCCUCGCGAGUAGAGUCUUGGCUUCUCCAGCCCGUCUGUCUUUCCCAGCAGCUAAGGGGGCUGUCUCCUCUGCGUAG